CCAAUGUCAUCGUGGCGCUGACUUUUUGGAGCGAGAGCUAGCACAGGCAGUAGCCACAUUUCGCUACAUUUCAGCCUGCAUCACCCGUCGUCUCCCGGCUGGGGCUUUCACUCUGCUCCUCGGCUCGUCCCCCCGUGUUUAGCUCCAAAACAUGGCGGCCCUCAAAGCUUUGUGCAGAGCGGAGGAUUUAUUCCUCAGAAACCUCUCAGGUCCCUGCAGAACCAAAUUAACCUUCGCCAAGACCUGCGGCUGUUACUUUUCUACCUCCAGCAAGAGAAGCUCACAGUUCUACUCAGACCCAACAGAGGCAGUCAAAGACAUCCCGAAUGGAGCUACCAUUCUUGUGGGAGGCUUUGGACUGUGUGGUAUCCCAGAGAAUCUUAUCAACAGUCUACUGAAGACCGGUGUAAAGAGCCUCACUGCAGUCAGCAACAAUGCAGGAGUGGAUAACUUUGGCCUGGGUCUGCUGCUAAAGACUAAGCAGAUCAAGAGGAUGAUUUCUUCAUACGUCGGGGAGAAUGCAGAGUUUGAGCGACAGUAUCUGACAGGGGAGUUGGAGGUGGAACUGACUCCACAGGGAACUCUUGCAGAGAGGAUCAGGGCUGGGGGUGCGGGGGUUCCAGCCUUUUUCACAGCCACUGGCUACGGCACACUGAUCCAAGAGGGAGGCUCUCCUAUUAAGUACAACAAAGACGGCAGUAUUGCCAUCGCCAGCGAGAAGAGAGAGGUGAGGGAGUUCAAUGGCAGGCAUUACAUCAUGGAAAAGGCCAUCACAGGAGACUUUGCACUGGUCAAGGCCUGGAAAGCUGACAAGGCUGGAAACAUAAUUUUCAGGAAAACAGCGAGGAACUUCAACCAACCCAUGUGCAAGGCAGCCAAAACCACCAUAGUUGAGGUGGAGGAGGUGGUGGAUGUCGGGUCCUUUGCUGAAGAGGACAUCCACAUACCCAGCAUCUACGUCCACAGGAUCAUCCAGGGAGCCAGCUAUGAAAAAAGGAUUGAGAAACGCACAGUAAAGAAAAGCCAAGAAGAGAAGCCCAAACCAAAGAAAGACUCAGACAUUGUUCGGGAACGGAUCAUUCGCCGGGCUGCUCUGGAGUUUGAGGAUGGGAUGUAUGCCAACCUUGGUAUUGGUAUUCCCAUGCUGGCUAGCAACUUCAUAAAGCCAGACAUCACUGUACACCUCCAAAGUGAAAAUGGAAUUUUGGGACUGGGCCCCUACCCCAGUGAGGAGGAUGUGGAUGCAGACCUGAUUAACGCUGGGAAGGAGACUGUCACGGUUCUCCCUGGCGCUGCCUAUUUCUCCAGUGAUGAGUCAUUUGCCAUGAUCCGAGGGGGUCACAUCAACCUGACAAUGCUGGGAGCCAUGCAGGUGUCAAAACAUGGAGACCUAGCCAACUGGAUGAUCCCAGGUAAGAUGGUAAAGGGAAUGGGAGGAGCUAUGGAUUUGGUGGCUAGCGCUGGAACCAAGGUCGUGGUCACCAUGGAGCACUCUAGUAUGGGAGGAAAACACAAGAUAUUGGACAAAUGCAGCCUGCCUUUAACAGGAAAGCAGUGUGUGGAUCGCAUCAUCACAGAAAAGGCUGUGUUUGAUGUGGAUAAGACAAAAGGCCUGACUCUGAUAGAAGUAUGGGAGGGGCUCACUCCAGAGGAUAUCAAAGCAUGCACCGGCACCGAUUUUGAGGUGUCUCCCAACCUGAGGUCCAUGCAGCAAAUCUAGAGGAUCUUACAGUGGAUCUGACAAGUGUUUUUGCUUUGUGUGGCACUCAUUUCACUUCUCUGUGAUAAACAACUGCCGAUUAGAACAGCCUGAGAUGGUUCAAAUAUGCAUACAAAUGGUAAUCAGUCAAUAUCAGAAAUCAUCACUAAUAUAAACUGAAUGGGAUUCACCAGAGCCACAUGAAUGGUUCUUUUGAAAUCUAAAUGGUUAAGGAACAUUACAUGGUUGCCUAUAACACCAUUAAGUUAUUAAUUUUUACUAAUGUAUGUGCAGCUAUUACCAAAUAAUCCAUCUGAAAAUGACAAAAAAAUGGAAAUAUUCUUUGUAUGUUGUCAAAGAAAAAAGUAACUUGUACUAUGAACAAAAGUGAUCCAAUUACUUGAAUCAUAUUUGCUACAGAUCAACAUUGAAGUUAUGUAGAGAACUGAAAUGUGAUGAAUUCAGAAAACAAAAGUGUGCUACAGGUCAGGUUUUUCCUAUUCAGCACAGAAGGGAAUAUGUUUUUACCAUAGAUGUUUAAACUUAGUGCUAUGUCACGAAACAAAAAAAUGUCCUUCCAUCCAAUGUAAGAUAUAUUUUAGUUUGUAUCCAUUUGGAAAAUAAUGAUGUGAAAAUAAGGGUCUAACUGAAACAUGUUUGUAAUAUUAACAGCUGCCACAAUGUCAAACUGUUUAGUGACCUGUCUUUUUUUCUUUCUCAGCCUCAUAUUUUUCAGAGUUGGUGCACAUUGCAUACAUUUCAGCCAGAAAAUAUGAAGCCUUAACAUUUUGUACACUGGCAUGUGCUGUCCCCUUGCCUUUGUAUAUACAAUAAAACACAGCCUUGUGUGCUGACUGAAACAAA